GUAUAAUCUAGUGGACGGUUCUUCAUAAACAGCUCGUCAACCACCUCGGUAGCUUGCUAGCCAACAUAGCCGAAAGAUUCAAGCUAUUUAGACGCUUUCGGUGUAUAUUAGCUACUGUGUUGUAGACACACUUAUGUCGUAUCUACUUGUUAAUCUAUUUAAUAUUACGUUAUUUUGUAUUAGUCAGCUAUAGUAGCUGACUGGUUAAGUUAGCACUAGCCUAGUCGCUAAUGAUAGCUAGCUAACAUCCCCGAACAUGAGGUCAGUAAGCUUCUCCCCUCUUGUUCAAGAAGAGGCGGUCUGCUGGACGGAGAAAGAAUCUCUGGGGCAGAACAUUGUCGUGAAAGAGGAGAAGGAAGAAGAGGAUGUCACAGUAAAACAAGAAGUAGAGGGUGAGGCUGUUACAGUGAAAGAAGAAGAGAAAGACGUUACAGUGAAAGAAGAGAAAGACGCGUUCAGAGUGAAAGAGGAGGAAGCAGUUUUUGGAGUGAAGAAGGAAGGGGAGAUUACUGUCACAUUGGAAGAUGAAGAGGAGAUAGGAGAUCUGAUUAACACCAGAGAGAGACGGGACUACCGUGGGUCCUCUGGGGAGCCUCAACAACCUCAUGAUGCUGACGAGGCAGAGAAGAGUCUCUCCAGUUCAGAACACUUCAAUAAACACCAGCAGAGAUCCACAGGGAAGAGAACUCACUGCUGCUCUGACUGUGGGAAGAGAUUCACCUCAUCAGGCAUUACAAUUCAUCAAAGGAUCCACACAGGAGAGAAAUCUAAUAGCUGUGAUCAAUGUGGGAAGAGUUUUGGUCAAUCUUGCCAUCUGACUCAACACCAGAGAACACACACAGGAGAGAAACCUUAUAGCUGUGGUCAAUGUGGGAAGAGUUUUGGUCAAUCUUGCCAUCUGACUCAACACCAGAGAACACACACAGGAGAGAAACCUUAUAGUUGUGAUCAAUGUGGGAAGAGUUUUAUUACAUCUGGCUAUCUGACAGUGCACCAGAGAACACACACAGGAGAGAAACCUUACAUCUGUGAUCAAUGUGGGAAGAGUUUUACUAAAUCCGGCUAUCUGAGUGCACCAGAGAACACACACAGGAGAGAAACCUUUUAGCUGUGAUCAAUGUGGGAUGAGUUUUACUACAUCAAGCUCUCUGACUAUACACCAGAGAACACACACAGGAGAGAAAUCUUAUAGCUGUUAUCCGUAUACCAUCACUUCCUGUUGAAUCUGCAGACGUGUUGCUGUGCGUUUUGUUGCUGUGCGAUUUGCUGCGAACUUUACUUUACUUUGCUAGCUGACAACUUUACGUUUUUUGUUUUGUUUCUGUUUUUAAUUACCGUUUAUAUUUUUAGUUUUUCCAUCGCAACUUUUUUCCCUCAUUCAACCUUUUCACUCCGGACGCUUUAUCUGGACAUGGUUCGUCAACACCUUCAACAGCCGAAGCUAAGUAGUAACAUUAACAUGAUGUCUUCUAAUUGCAGUCGCUGUACUCAUAAUAUACAGGAGAACGAUCGCCUUACGGCGAAAAUAGCUGUGCUGCAAGCCCAGCUUCAGACGCAAUCGUUAGGCAAGGGUAUUUUCAGUGUAGGAAAGGAAGAAACAGCGUCUGUGCCACCAGUAAGUACAGAUAGUAACGUUAGUAUAAAUCCCCCCGCACAGUCCCCGCAGCCGGACA